AACGAGCGGCGCACGUGAAUGAAAUAUUUGAAUAGUCCGCGACGCGAAGCCAACGCGGAAUUGAGUCAUACCUAUUGAAAGAGCUCCAAUAGUUCGAUUAAACACAAAUUACAAAAGAUUAUAAGAAACAUACAAAAAAAAAGUGUAUAAGGAUAAUGUGAUGCGCUUUUAAUUUAGUUCGACUUGUGCAGAAAGUGUUGGUUUAAAUGUUUUAAGUAAAAGGAAACAAUGUUGCAAAGUGCUGCGAUGAUUUUUUGAAUUGCUAAUGUUUCUGGUGUCUUCUUAAGGAUAUGAUAAAAUGUUGGAGGACACGAGAGUGCUUGAAAAUGGUUUUGAUUGAGAAUUGCUUUUGCUGCAGCCUGGCUAUAGCUGCAGGAUUUUUGGCGGUUUACCUUCUAAUCACGUACCUCAUCGCCUUCGCCUUCGAGCUGCUCUGGAUCCUGGAGGCGUCCGUCCUUCUACCCACACCGGCAAUCCUCCUCUGCGCAGGUUACUUCGCCUUGGCCCUAUUCGCUGCCCUCCUCAUCCACGGCUUAGCCACGAAAAAUACGUUAUGUCUGAUAUCAUGGAUGUUCGCGGUCACGGUCCUCACGUUCCCAGAGGCGGGAAUGGUAAUUUAUAUGAGUAUCCAGUAUUGGCGGAUAGAAUCAUUGUACGGUGUAACAGAAUUGGCUUGCUGGUUCGCAAGGAUUCUGGCUAAUGUCAUCGAAAUUAUCAUCGUGCAAUCUCUGUACGCAGCAUGGAAGGAAGAGGAGCUGGUGGCAAAACGAUUGAGGGACCUGAGUCUUCAAGCAGUCACGAUUCCCAGGGAUACUAGUCUUAACCAAUUGAAUAGUCAGUAUUAUCAGAACAACGGCUAUCAAAGUUCCGUCGAGCAGCUCAACGUCAUAGGACUCAAACGAGCUUCGUCGACUCCGCAGAUCUGGGGCGGAAACGUACCAAACAAUUACCCUUUCGACAGUUACCAGUUCUGCACGACGCAGAGCGAAUUCAAUGCGAGCGUCUUCAUGCCGAAGUUUAUCAAUGACGCCAACGCUACGGAUCAAGCUAAGAAAGCUCAAUCCUUGAUGGAUCUCCGUGGAUUGGACGAGAAGACGCUGACUAGUCAAUACCAGCCGUGGAUUUCGCAGAGCCAUGCGCCCUCGGUAAUGCCGCCUCAGUACACCCUGAGUUUAGGAAGGAAGGCGGCCACGAAACUGCCCAAGUUCGCUUCGUUGGAAGACCUCAACGAAGUCAAGGAAGAUGGUCACAUGAUUAGAAACAGGACGGGCUUCUACGCGCAACCCAUAGAAAGUUUUGGAGUUCCCAUCUACUAUGGACCACUUGAUGGGCCAGACUUCUUAAUCUACAAGAAACAGAUCGACAAGCUAAGCAGCAAAAACUCGCUGAGCAACACUUCCGCGGAUGACGUGCAGAAAUACAGGGAUGUGGCGCUAUGAGCUGGAGCGACCUCCAGCUCUAUAUUUAAUUAUCAAAUUACGUGCCUUAUCAACUAACAAGAACUGCAGCAAAUCCGUUGAGAACCAUAACAAAGAUAUGUGAUUAAUUUCAGAAUAAUUAUUUUGUACAUACUAGGUUCACUAUAUGUGAAAAUAAAUGUUUUAAUUUUUGAUCUUUCCUUUC